UAAUUUCGCUCGAUAGCCGGAAGUAUUUCUGUUUUGAUGGUUUUCUGAUGGGAAUUCGGUCGGAUUUUCGAGCGAAUCCUUUGAAUGUGUGGGUGCGCGUUGCGUGCCGAUCCGGUGAUUUUGCUUUUAACACAAACCGUUCAGUCUCGUUGUAAUGUAAUGCGAGUGGUUUUUGCGUUUGUCGAAAGCAAAUUUUGUUUGCGAAUGAAUAUCACGCGUACGUGUAUAUUUACUAUACCAAAAAAUUCGUUAUUCGCGAAACUGAAUUUAUGAUUCAUACAAGAACGGAUGGUUCAGUCGAUUUUACGUGUUAACUACAAAACAUGCAUAAACACUUCAAACGAGUGCAACUGAAGUUAUCAGCAUGGGAAGACAAAUGAAAUACAGAUAAUGUGAUCACGAAUGGUUUUCUUUACCUAACAAAUAGUAAUUUGUGAGAUUUUAUAGAAUAGUAAUGCUAUUUAACGUAUAUGUUAUCUAAACCAUGCAAAUUUCACAAAAGUUAUGAAAGCGAAUUUGGAUGGUGUGACAUCAAUCGGAACACUUGGCGGAAGGAAAAUGUUAUAAAUUUGUUCGCCGCCAUUUUAUUUCAUUCAAGAUCGUAGUCGGAUUACUCGUCACCGCACUGGUUCGUUGGUACAGCCGAAUGUAGCUGUCAGUGCACGACUACCACUAUAGUUUCUGCCAAGGAUAGAAUUUUCGGUGUAAAAUUUUCUGCACUAUUUUCAAGAAAUACAGGUUGUAAAAGUGAUUAUUUCUUGGAAAGAACGGUUUGCAACGAUAGUUAAUGAUGUGUGCUUUGUCAAUUAUAUGCGGUUUCCAGUGAAAAAUCAGGAUUAUAUGUGGAAAAGUGAAAUAUAAUUUUUUGAAAUUUCGUGCUUGGAGAUUGACUUGCACUGAUCACAUACACAGCGAAAAAAAAAUUGGAAGCAAAAAGAGUAUACACACAACUACUGCGGGUGCUGCGUUGAAAUCGAAUCGACUCGCGGCGCCUUUUGGGUACGUGUUCGCAGACAUUGUUUGUGAUUGUGUGUGUGUCGCGCAAGGGUCAAGUGAAGCGCCUGUGUUCUUCGCUAGUGGCUUGUGUGUUGUGCUGCUGGGGCCGUACUUUUUAAUUACAAUUUCAUGUGGAUUAUCUCACUAGAAACACAGCAUUCUUCGGAAUCCCAAUAAAUUGUGAUGGUAUUCAGCUGACUGCACAAGCCCUCGUGAGACCCGUGUCGGCUUAGUUCAACCACUAUGCAACAAGGAUCAGGACCAUCUACACCGAGCGCUCCACCUGUAACAGCACCACCAGUAUCAUCGGAGAAAAUGGACGAACCUCCGCCACGCAUAGAACCGGUCGUUGAACCGGUGAACGGCAUCGUUCAACCUCCCGUCAUGCCUCCACCAGAGCGGCCAGGUCGGCUCACGAAUCAAUUGCUUUUCCUACUGAAGACAGUGAUGAAGGCCGUCUGGAAGCAUCAGUUCUCGUGGCCCUUCCAGCAGCCAGUGGACACGAAAAAACUGAACCUGCCUGACUACCACAAGAUUAUCAAACAGCCGAUGGAUUUGGGUACGAUAAAAAAACGUCUGGAAAAUAACUAUUACUGGACAAGCAAAGAGUGCAUACAAGACUUUAACAUUAUGUUCUCGAACUGUUACGUGUACAACAAACCCGGUGAGGAUGUUGUAGUGAUGGCACAGACGUUAGAAAAACUGUUUCUUACAAAAGUGUCGCUUAUGCCUAAGGAUGAAGUGGAAAUGGAGGUGCCAGCGCCAAAGGGUGCCAAAAAGAAACCGCCAGUGCGCCAACUGGCUCCUCCGGGAACCCUAGUCGGAAAUACAUCGGCAGCAACGGUAACAGCGGCGACUCCAGUUGUCACAACGCCUACUUCUGUAGCCGUGCGUGCUCGUCCUAGUUCUGCACUUAGUAGUGCCGUUACUUCAAGUGUUCCAUCAAACAAUGCAACGCCAACGGCAGCGACUGUAGUACCAAGUGUUCCGCCCAUUGGCACACUACCUCCACAGACUGUGCCCGGCAGCACAAAUACGACCACAACGGCAACAUCAACCGUUGUAAGUGCAGCGCACAAUUCCCUCGCUACACCGGUAACUCCGGUUGUUGCUAAACCGGUCCCGCCUACUACGCCGUCGCCCUAUAUUGUGAAUAGUUCACAGUCCGGAAUUGAAACGGUUUUACCUCCCCAGCAGCCCGCAAAAGUCAAAAAAGGUGUUAAAAGAAAGGCUGACACCACGACACCGACUGCAACUGCUUACGAUCCGCACUAUAGUACCAAUAUGGACCCAAGUAAUCCGAAAAUCGCAACCCGCAGAGAAUCUGGAAGACAGGAAAUUGCGCCAUUCCAGUCCUCGUCGUACCCUAUAUCGCCAUACCAGGGUUCGGCAGCUGCGCAGAAUCCACCGAAAAACAAGGAAAAGUUGUCGGAUGCGCUUAAGUCGUGCAAUGAGAUUCUGAAAGAACUAUUUUCUAAGAAACACUCGGGUUACGCUUGGCCCUUUUACAAACCGGUAGAUGCGGAAUUGCUCGGUCUUCAUGAUUAUCAUGAUAUUAUCAAGAAACCAAUGGACCUGGGCACCGUAAAGCGGAAAAUGGAUAAUAGGGAAUAUAAAUCAGCGAAUGAGUUUGCCGCUGACGUUAGGCUUAUAUUUACUAAUUGCUAUAAGUACAACCCGCCAGAUCACGACGUCGUUGCCAUGGGUCGUAAACUGCAGGACGUCUUUGAGAUGCGCUUAGCGAAUAUACCGGAUGAGCCGGUAAAUAACGCUACACCCAAUCAAAGCAAGGAAAGCGACUCCUCGUCUUCAAGUGACUCUAACGCGAGUGAGGAUGAUUCUGAAACAGACGAGGAGUGCAGUCAAAAACUAAAAAUUCUCGAGAAGCAACUUUUUGAAAUGCAAGAGCGUAUGCGAAAGCUUGCUGAAGAGGCAUCUUUGAAAAAGAAGGCCAAGAAAAAACUGAAGGAAAAGAAAAAGCUCUCAGCAACGGGAACUAGCGAUAUCAAGCAGGGUAUGGAAGUGCACGCCAACACUCCGCAUGCUCCUGUAAAGGCGAUCCAUCAAGUUACAGCUAUUGCACAACCACAAAUUACCAGUGCAGCUCCGGCAAUUCCGCCAACGGCCACAACCAAAACUAAAACGAAAGGCCAACGAGCACCGAAAGCCGGAGCGACUCCAAACGCGCCCGCUAAGCGAGCCAAAGGAGCUGGUGCAGCAGGCGCUGGUGCCCCUCGAGGUCCCAAUAAGAAGAAGGGUUCGCAACCAAUUGCGAACUUUGACUCUGAAGAAGAAGAUACCGCCAAACCAAUGUCAUAUGACGAAAAAAGACAGUUAUCACUCGAUAUUAAUAAACUACCAGGUGACAAACUCGGCCGUGUUGUACAUAUUAUUCAAAGUCGGGAGCCAUCGCUACGUGAUUCCAAUCCAGACGAAAUUGAAAUCGAUUUCGAAACGCUCAAGCCGUCAACGUUGCGAGAACUUGAAAGCUAUGUGGCGUCCUGUUUGCGCAAGAAAACCCGUAAGCCCUACUAUAAGAAAGUUUCCGGUAAAUCCAAGGACGAACAAAUGGCAGAAAAGAAACAAGAGCUCGAGAAGCGGCUACAGGAUGUGACCGGUCAACUGGGCACUGCUAAGAAGAAUGCAAAAAAAGCUGAUGAAUCAUCGAAACAGGACGUAGCGCCAUCGGGUGGUAACAUUUCUUCGAGCAGUAGUUCAAGCGAUUCUUCGUCGUCCAGUUCCAGUGAUUCCAGUUCGAGUGAUUCUAGCGACAGUGAAGCAGAAUCCGGUCGGCCGCCGAAGAAGAAGAAGAAAGAGCCAUCCUCACCUGUGCAAUUACCACCAUCCACGAUCGCGAAUACGCCUAUACCAGUUACAACAUCGACAAAUACAAAUACCUCGACAGUCACCGCGGCACAGAACAGUACAUCAACAGCGGUUUCGUCCGUCGUUCUUAGCGGCACCAUUUCCCUUUCUAACACAGUGUCAACUUCAUCAGCAUCCACUAUAUCCCUUACAACGCCUCCGAACACUUCGACUCCAGUGGCAGUAGUUCCCCCGUCAACUACGGCGACGUCAGCUGCGAUACCAUCCGGUCCUAGUACACCAGUUUUGUCAUGUUCAAACCCUAGUGUGACCGUGUCAUCCCAAAGCACAAUGCAAACCCCUACUCCAUCGCCACUAGUUCAACCUAGCACAACCCUCACACUACCACCAACACCUCAACUAUCGUCACAGCAGGGACUGUCUUCGGCAGUUCUCGGCAAUAAUAAUCAUGUGAAUAACAGCCUGAGUACCAGUAACAACAGCAACAUUAGUAAUAACAGUAACCAAGUUCCAUUGCCAACGCCGUCACCAAAUACGACAACAAUACUAUCUUCGAAUUUGUUGUCCACUAGCAGUAAUAGUAUGAAUAACAUCAACACUGUUACGCAGCAAUCGCAGCAACAGUCAAGCCAACAACAACAACAACAACAAUCUCAUGUGCAACUUGGCCAAUCUGGUAGUAGUAUUCAUAGUCUUUCGUCCAAUAAUACUAACGGUAUUAGCAAUCCGCUCAAUGUACCGACUUCACAGUUUUCUGCAGGCCUAGCAGCGAUCAAUAGUCUGGCCAACAUGGCUGCUACUGGAAUGCAACCGCAAAUGCAUCUGCCGUCGCAAGCGCAGGGUCAGCAACAGAUGACGCAGAUGAGCAAACAGCAGCAAAAUCAAUCCGGUCAUAUGCCAAUUCAACUUCCACCAGCGCGUUCUUCAUCAGGAAACGCACAAGCGCACAGUAUGGCAGGUUUCAUCGAUCCUUUAGAACAUUCACUUGCAUCUUUCGAAAAGAAUGAUGCUACGGCGUUAGGUCUAAAUUUACUGAAUGAUCUGCAAACUUCACUCAAGCAAGAAUUGUCUACCGCAAGUAUGCAAGCCCAUCCGAAUCUACUGCCCUCAUUAGACUUAAUGACGCAUCUGCAAAAUCAAAUGCAUCACUCAAACAAUGGCUUCAAUAACGACUUCAAUGGCAAUGGACCACUUAAUGGAAUGGGAAAUCUCGCAUCCAGUGUUGGUAUGAGCCAAAUGGUGCUAAAUUCAAUGGCUAAUACGAACCAGAUGCUCGCCAAUGUACCGAUGCCUUCUUUGUUCGAUCCUCUGCAAAAUUACAUGCGGCCUGGUUACCAAUCUAAUACUGGUCUUAACGACCGCACCAUUGAUUUGACCGGUAGCAAUACUAUGCCAGCUACAAUCAAAAAGGAGGAGGGAAAAUUUAUGCUGACACCAAAACCGAUUGAGGAUUUACUAAUGAAUCCAGGCGAGAAGAAAUUAAACAGUAACACUCCGCCUGAUGGAAAGGGCAAUUUUUCACAUGCGUUCAAAUCUUCCAUCAAUGAUCAAAGCUUAAAAAAUGCAUGGUCAUCGCUGGCCUCGGCAGGCUCCCCGCAGAGUACUCCCACCUCCAACAAACCAAAACCGGCGAUGGACACUUUUCAGGCAUUUAGAAACAAAGCGAAAGAAAAACUCGACCGGCAGAAGUUACUUCAACAGCAAGAAUUAAAACGAAGCCAAAAGGAACAAGCGGAGAAGGAACUUAAGCGACAGCAAGAGCAACAGCAGAAGGUCCGGCAGGAUGAUAUAAAUAAUGGAAGAAAACCGUUAGUUGAACCACUGCCAACUCGCGUUGUCGAGGACAUCAAAGCAUCGCCUCAGGGUAGCCCUACACCGUCUGCACCAACCACACCACACAGCCUAGAUCGCUCGGCGGCCAAGCGUGCCGAACUGAGGAAAUUGGAACAAGAACGCCGAAGGAAGGAAGCGAUGGCUGGACAGAUUGACAUGAAUAUGCAGAGCGAUUUGAUGGCUGCGUUUGAAGAGUCACUGUAAACAGUUAUCAACGGGUAGAUUUCCUUUCAUGUUAGCAGCAAAGUGACUGAUGUACGUGUUUUAUUUUGUGAAGUGACAUUCUAUGAACGCAUCACCACCGACGCAGCGCACUUCAUAGUGUCGAAAUAAUCUUUGGGCAUACCUCCAGGUUCUAUCAAGUUUCUAUAUGCAAAUUGGGUUUCUAAUCAGUUGAGUUCAUCGAAGAGCCAUCAUUGAGUGAGGUUAAUUAUGUAGUAAUAAAAUAAGUGACAUUAUGUUUUGUGAUAUGUAAUGUAAAUAUAUAUAUAAAAAACCUAUAUAUAUAUUUAAAUCGAAAUGAAAAAGGAAUGAGACGUUUAGUUUUUGAGAGAUUGAAAGGCCUUGGUUUAUACUUACGCAACCGCUAUAGAGAACAUACAAGGAUUGCUUUUAUUAAAAAAAAGAUGGUGAAGACUCAGCGCUAGGAAUAACAGUAGAUGUGAAAUCUUGAUAAAUAUAUGUUACUCUAAUAUUCGAGUGUUAGUAAUAAGAAGUUCACUACACAACCAAAAAUGAAAAAAGGAAACAUAACGUAAAGCUGAAAAUCUAUUAAUUAUGAUUUUCUCUGGGUAUAAUAGUCAAAUGUUAUGUUCUGAGUUAUCAUUCUGCACUAUUCAAACGACUAGCGCUUUAUUUUUUAUUUUAAUUAUUCCUUUUUGUAAUUCGCGUGACAGUCCAGAAUUGAUAAGAUCAAGAUAGUAUAAUUUACAUACUGUAAUUAUGUAGGAUAAAUAUAUAAAACAUGAUUUUUUUUAUUUUUUAACGAGCAGUCUUCUUAGUACUACUUAUUCCUGUUUGUCAAACAAAACAGUGAACGUGGAUAAAUUAGGUAGCAAUUAUAAAAAUAUACGAGAAUGAUCACAACUGUAAAAUUCACCUACAUUGUUGUGCUGCCAGAGCAAGUGGACCCAAUUCUGUCGUUAUUACUUCCGUCUUGCGUCAUCAUCCUUUGGUUUUUUUUCAGAUUCACUAUGAUCAUUACAUAACUUACCACUAGACGAAGUGAGCCAGAGCUCCGUGAAAGAAAAUCCCCUGUGUGGCUUAGAAGCAAGUUAUAUCACAUGAAGGCAUCGGUUUUAAAUCAUUCAUUUACGUGUUCAUUAUUGUAAAUAGUUUUGUCAAUCACCACAUCAAUCAACAAACCAGUCAACGUGUUAUAAAUUAUGCGUAGUAUUAGUUCCUUCGCAUUAGUUCUAUAUAAAUCACUGUUGGCAGCCUAAUCGGAUGCAAAACGUUGUAAAUUAUGUUAAUAGAAAGAUACGUCAACUGAAUCACUGCAAUGUAUAGAACAACAUCCACACACACAGAACUUAGUUCAUAUAUAACAUCUAGCAAAAUAUGUUAUUGGAAUACUACAUGGUCUAAACAGAAAAGUUUGGAAGUACAGAAACAACAUUUAAGCAAACUAAACUAACAACUUUUUCAAAAAGUAUGUAGGAUACAAUAAAAUUGUGGGCGCACAUAAAAAUCUAGCUCACGCCAAUCCGGGACUGGAAUGAGGGAUGCAGUGAUGUAGGUACCAACCAUUAUGUUGUUUGAUUUCUCAUUCAAUUAAAUGGUCCAAUUUUCUAACAUUUUUUAUAAGAGUAUUACUAGAAUACUAGAAAGAGUUAAAAAUAACAGAAAUCAUCAAAUUAUCCCAUUAAAUUCCUCUGCGUAACGAAACGGGCAGCGAUAAGAAUUGAUGAUUUUCGCUUCGGAUCCUUUAACUUCAACGUGCAGAAUUCUCCGCAUGAAAAGAUAUAUACUGCAGUGACGAACGAGAAACUAUGUAUUUGCGAUGAGCAAUAGAUGUAGUAGAAGUCAUAAAUCUACGGCAUGAUAAAACAGAAACUAACAAAGAACUACAAUUUUUAUUGACU